AGUGAGAAAUAGCAAAAUGGCUGGUCGAGGUAGAGGAGGUGGCCGUGGGAGGGGACGAGCAGCCAUGUCUUUCAGUGUGGAACAGCUUGGGUUCAGCCCAGGAGAGGCCCUGCCAGGACCUGUUCUGCAGCCACCGCCCAUUUAUCCACCAAUGGAGAACAGACCCAUCCCUCUCCAAACUGGCGUGGAAGGAGAGUACAUGAUGGCACUGAAGCGAGACUUUGUGGAGUUCCUGCGAGAUUCACCAGCGUUUGUCACACCUGUAGCAACCAAGGCAGAUAUUGAACGAUACUCAGACCGCUACCAGGUGGCUUUGGCAAACAAGAAUCAUGGAGAUCUCAAGUUUGAUUGGACACGAUUCCCCUCAGAGUUGAGACCACAAGCAAGGUUAACUGGCAAACGGAAGCGGCGGACAAAAGCUACAGAAAGGGAGGCAAAACUCACAAAAAAAUCUUUGGAUAUUGUUAACAGAUUGGACGAGUUGGAGAAGAAGGAAGAGCAACAAAGUGAUGGAGAAGGAGGGGGUGAAGAAGCAGAGGGGAAAGAAGAGGAGGAGGAGAAGGAAGGAGAAGAGGAAGAAGGGGCGAUGGAUGACCUAGAGGAGGAAGAUCUGGAUGAGGAGAUGGAUGAGGGAACUGACUAUAUAAACAGCUACUUUGAUAAUGGAGAGAACUAUCUUGACGAGGAAGACGACAACCUGGAUGAUGGCCCCAUAUACUAACAUUACUUGCUAAUUCUAGAACAAGGUUCCUGUUUCAUUUGCAUAUAGAGUUUGUAACAGCAGACUCAUGACUCUUCUGUACAUGAUUAGCAUACUCAUUUCAUUUCAAUUUGCCUAGUUAAAUCAUGCAUCUGUGUGAAAAUGUUUCUUAAGUGUUUUCAGUCAGAUUGCUUACACUUGUAUAUAAACAAAAAUGCAUAUCAUGCCACCUUUGUAUGAUCUGUAAAAUGAUGCUGUAUAUGUACUGGUCAUUGGGUUGCACAUGGAAAAGUAUGGCAGAAAGCAGUGGAACAGUGUUUGCAGCUGAAUUGGGGGAGGGAGGGAGGGUGAGAUACAGUAACUGAAGCCCUUUUAUGACCCAUACACAACCUACAAGCCUUAUCUUAGUUACUGAAUUUGACCAAAUCCACUGUGCACUGCAGAACAGCCAGGUCCUAAACACAAAAUUUAAGUGCUUCUCGAUCUCAUGUAUAGACACGUUUCUUUUUAUUUAACUUUUAUAGCAGAGAUACACUUCAUUUAAUUUUAUGAAUCAAUUGAGAUGUUUUGUGAAAUGUAAAGCUUAAUGCCAUACUUUAUGUAUAUAAUUACUUCAUCAAGUUCCUGCACAAUAAAUGUCUUCCAUGACAAAUGCAUAAAAAUUUGCAUUUGUAAUGGCUGGCCAUAUAUUUUC